AUGUACGCCGCUCAGAAUAUAACGCCAACAGUUUUGGAUGCUAUGAACGGAAAUGUUUCCGAAUGGUAUAACGAAUGCGACAAUGCCAUUAGAAGGUCAGAAAUAGUUCCUGGAACUUACGAAUAUACAACUGCUGUUUCUUAUGGAAACGUAGGUGAGUUUGGAGAAGGUUCUUCAACAACAGUAGAUAUUGCUUGCGACAGGUUUCAUAUUAUUUCUAUUGACAACUCAUUCUUAUACGUGGAACAAGACAUUGAAAUAAAGCCUUCUGCCAAGUUGUCUGACAAGAAAGGUUGCAAUGGAAUUUUCUAUGUCGGAUACCAAUAUGCUCCAGAAGUUUUCAUGGGAUAUAAGAUAUAUUCUAACUCUGACUUAGUUCAAACAGUAACAUGGGCAAACUAUGAAUGGUUCGCUUUGAGAAACUCAGUACAACCACAAGCUAGAGAACAAACAGACCAGUAUGCCACCAUUGAGAAAAUAAGAAGACUUGACCCUAACGUUCCAGGAGUUUAUGUUAACCUUUCUGGACAAACUGCAGCAGCAGUAACCAAAGUAAAACUGAAACUUAGAGUUCCUUUGUCAUCUUUCCUCAUCUUCAGGUUUUUAAGAUACUUGCCAAACUGGGCAGGAAAAAUUUCUAUCGAACUUACUCCAAGCAAAAAUAACUUAGUCAUUGCACCAACACAAGACCCAUUCACUCUUACAGACGUAAAGGGAGCAAAUCAAACGUCAUUCGCCGACUUUUGCAAAGACAAAGUUGACUUAGACUUUGGUUUCUCAAACUUCAACACUGAA